UUUUAAAUUACCUCUACUUGUUUGUGUCCAUCCAUCAUCAUUCGGUAGUCGAGAAUGUCUUCCACAACACCGGAACCCGUCGCCGAUGCUACCAGCACCAGCACUGUGCCGGAGGUUGAGGUCAAAUCUGCCUCUGAGACUGCUGAGGCCGACGCUGAGGCUUCCAACGAGGCGGCUCAGGAAACGGCCAACGACUCUGCGGCACCCAGCACUCGGAGGUCUAGCCGGAUUUCUGCUCAACCUCUGAAAGAACAGCCGAAACCCAAAAAGGCCGUUGCGGCUAAAAACCAGAAGAAACGCACUGCAGAAGAAGCCCAGGAGGAAGGAGGGGAAGCAACCGAGAAAAAUGGUACCGCCAAUAAAAAGACCAAGACUGUCGUCCCAGAUAUUCCGUCGAUUGAUAUUGGGGACCCCCUGCCCAAUUUGACGCUCAAAAAUGAGAAGGACGAGGACGUUGAUGUGUCUAAAUUAGCUGCUGUAAAGGGCGUUGUGAUUUUCUUGGUCCCAAAGGCAGACACCCCGGGGUGCACUACUCAAGCCUGCGGCUUCCGCGAUCUCUAUUCGGAAUUUUCUGGGCUUGGUUACGACGUUUACGGUCUGAGUGCAGAUACUACCAGUGCUCAAAACAAAUGGCAGUCAAAAAAAAAUCUCUCUUACUCCCUACUCUCCGACCCCAAACGAGUCUUUAUCGCGGCUCUGGGUGCGGCGGACAAGAAUAAGACUAAAAGAAGUCAUUUUGUCUUCGAAAAGGGCACAGGAAAACUCAUUGAAAGGAAGAAUCCGGUCAAACCUACUGACAGUCCAACAUUGGCCCUCGAUUUCAUCAAACAACAUGGGAAAUCACCCGCGGAAGCUAUGGAAGCUCCGGAAGCGAAAACAGCUACUGCCGAAGACACUUCUAACGGUCAUGCUGACCCCCCCGCAGUUGCAGACGAAACGACGACAGCAGAAGCAGAACCCGCACCGAUGGAGACGUAGUAAAGCCGAUUCCAUACGGGUGGCGUGGGGUGGCACCGUUCCCAUCUCAGAUGCAACCACGGGACAAUUUCGUCAAACGAAGUAACUUUCUAUC